AUGCCAGAAAAUUACUACUCCCUCCGUCCCGAAAUUCAUGUCGCAGCUGUUAUUUUGCAAUUUAGUCCUCAGCCUUUUCCCGACCGAACCCGAAGUCCCUCUGCGUGGUCGCUCUCUUCCUCCUUCCUCUUCGAACGGCCGGCACCACCGACGCCGUUCCCCUCCGCGCAGCUCCACGCUGCAUGCGCCUCCUCCCCCUCCCCCGCAGUUCCUCUCCCUCCCCAGCGCCGGCGCCCUCUCCCUUGCGCACGUUACCGGCGCUCUCUUCCUCUCGCAUGUCCCUCCGCAUCGGUAAAAAUCCGAUUUUCCCCCUCCGGCUCUUCGAUCUGCAGCGGUCAUGCUCAGUCUGCGGCGGAGACUACCAAUACGGCGCGACAGAGCUACUUCUGCCGGUCGCCUGCACGGGGCUGCUGCUGCUUGUCGUCAGGUGAGGAGCUCAUCUCCUGCAGCCGCGGCUACCUGGCCGCCUUCGUCAUGCUCAUCCAGCAUCAACACAGGUCUGACUACGACGUGGCUACGGCCUACGCAGCAGCGGCGGCGGGAUGGUGGCGGCGAGCUCCGACAUGUUCCUCCAUCCACUCUAGGACUCCACCGCCAAGCACACCAACCUCAAGGCAUAUGAUGUGCACCCUUGGUCGCCCGGUCCGACGAACUGCUAACGAAACAACGCCCAACGUCAUGAGUGUGCUCACGUUCUGCAAUCAAGCAACCGCCCUUCUCCGUUCUCCUCCAGCAGCAGCAAAAGAGAGUGCAGAGGAGGAGCAGCAACAACAACACGGGCACGGGAGAAGCAGGCGACAGGGGAGAAUCACGGGAGACAGCAGAGCUCCACCAGCAGGAGCUCGAGGAGAAGCAGCAGUGGGAGCUCGGGAAGAAGCAGCAACCGGAGCUCAAGGAGAAGCAAUAGGGGGAGCUCGAGGACGCGCGGGAGAGCAGUUCUGGGCGGAAGCACGGAUCUUGGUGGCGGCGCAUGUAUGGGCGGCGGCGGCAGAGCAGUUGGGCGGCAACGCAAGUCUGGGCGACGGGAGGGGAUCGAGGCGGCGGAGGCGACGCCCCUAGGAACCGCGGCUGGAGGGGACCGCAGCUGGCCGGCGCCGGCCCCUCUCGGACGAUGAGCGGAGGAAGAAGACGGGGCGGAGGGGGUCUGUUUGAGACAAUUUUGAGAUGACGAGGUUUUGUUUGCAAAUUUACCAAUGAACUGGGCGUGCGACAUUAAUUUCGGGACGGAGGGAGUACUUU